AUGUCUAUUGAUGGAACGCCUAUUAUACUUUGGUGCUUUGUACAGGGAAGCAGUUCGAUUUUCAAAGUUAAUAUUGGAACGAAUAAUGAUAUUGACGAUCUUAAGGAAGCUAUUAAGAAUGAUGAUAAUGAAUUAAAAGAUGAAAGAAGUACUAUUGUAAAUACUUUUUUUGGCAUCGAAGGAAGAAAUAUUCGAGUUGUUAUCAAAAUUCCCGUUAAUGUAGCGUUUCCUAAUCUUUACAGAACAAGCAAAAAUGUGAAGAAGAUCCGAAAAUAUCCUUCCCCAUCAUCUUUUGCUCAAAUUAGCAAUUUGAAUGAAUACCAAAUUAAAGAUCAGGCAUUUCUUAUUUAUCGCCCUUCAGAAUGUGUCAGCAUACCAUUAAAAUUAUAUAAUUCUGCUUUUUGCAAUUUCCAGAAAAACUUCGAAAACAAACAACUACUUGUGGAUAAAAGCUAUUAUCAAUGGACCCUCAAUUGCAUUAAAACUAUGGCGGAUAUUUAUUCUAAUGAAAAGUUACGUCAGCGAGAAUUUCAUGAAAAGAUUCGUGAAUUAUUUCGUGAAGAAAGCAUAUUAUACCUUCUUAUUGAAGUAAAAAAUGAAAUUGGCACUGGUAAAUGUGAUCCGACCAAUCAGGCAGCCAUUUCCUUUGCGAAGUUUUAUACCCAGAGUAAGAAUGAACAGAUGCUCAAAUGGUGUAACAUGCCGUGUUUCAUCAUAGGUUUGGCUGGGCCCUGGAUAUGCGUAUUAGGAGCUGUUUAUGUUGAGAAACCACUUGUUGAGCCCCUAACAAACUUGAUACCUCUCAUCCCUGUCAAUGAUCGAGACCACUUGAAGAAAAUUGCACGACUCUUCAUGGCCUUGCGUCUGGAAGAUUUUGAAUUAGAGUACAAGGAGAAACUUGUUGAUGACUCAUACAAGCUUCUUUGGAAGGCCGAAACGAAAGACAAACAGAUGAUUAUCGUUAAGUUUACGCAUCGUUACAACAAAGAGGCACACGAUUUGUGCUAUGGAAUUGGAAAGGCACCAAGGCUGUUCUAUGUUUCAGAUAAACAAUGUGGGCUUCAUAUGAUAGUUAUGGAAUUUGUUGAAGGUCAAAUAUUACGUGAUUGUGUUCAUUUGGCCCAGUCUGAUUAUGAAGUAAUUAUCAAUGACAUUGAAGAGGCUGUCCUUCAUCUACAUGGAAAGAAUCUCGUUUUUGCAGACCUUCGUGACUCUAACAUCUUGGUUACCAGAGAUAGUGAAGGGUACCACGGGAUACUGAUAGAUUUUGACUGGGUCGGUAGAGAGAAUGUGGAAUGUUAUCCAUUAUUCAUUAACCUUGAUAUUGCUUGGCCAACUGGAGUUGAGAUAAUGAACCAUUGA